GACUCCACGUCUGUCCAAUCAAUCCUCUCUUGGUGCGCCCUGUCCUGGUUGGCUUGCUGCCCUUCUCGGUCAGGCACUCUUGAUCGCCUCGGUAUUCCAGCGAAUCAACAGCUCUACGAAUGUUUCUGCCUGAGUGAUGGUGCUGCUUUUCCUUGCCAGAGGCACCACGUGUUCCUGGGAAAUAGCACGAUUGCUAUCAAGCACGCGCUGAGGUCGCAGCCACUGUACAUGAACUAGCGAGAUCUCGAUAACCUUCGUUCUCCAAGACUUGUUAUGUUGUAUCAGCAGGCACACACCCUCACUCAUCAUGUCCAGCCCAAAAACUCCAUGCCAUUCGAGGGAGGAAUGGGAGGCAUGGAAAGCAGCCAUUGGGCGCAUGUACUUGGACGAUAACAAGACUUGCAGAGAGAUCAAGGCGUAUCUUGACAAGGCACAGUUCAGCUGCACUGAGAGGCAGAUCAAGAAUCGACUGAGCGAAUGGAAGUUUGAGUGCAAAAAGACCCCCGCACAGCAUUACAUGGCCAUGCUGUCCGUUACGAUUGCUUUGGCACAUCGGGGCUUUGACGUGGUCUUCGACGUGCCGAAGAGACUAGCCAGAGAGGACUUUACUGUCAAAAAGGUCAAGAAAGAAUGCGACAGGAUCCGGAAGAAAUGUGAUAAGGAUCGCACUACCUUUGCCAUACCUUCUCCUGAAGCUGCUGAACGGGCCUUGCACGAUGCCAACAUACACUGGAAAGCCAUUGCCCAAGAACAUCAGCCGGGCUUAGUCACGCAGCCUUGUCCUCACCCCGACACCACUGUCGAUGGAUAUGGUCUCGGGCAGCAGUACGUAGCACCAAGUCUGUACGAGUCCACCGGAAGCCAGGAAUAUUUCCCCGAUGGCCGAGCAUCUACAGUCCACAGCUUUUCCACAAUUCACAGAUCGCCUGGAUCCUCGACUCGCAGCUCGCCGAAUUCAGAUGGCAGCCAGAAGAGUUCUCCACGAUCGCCAAGUUCUCCUGGCACGGUCUACAGCGAUGACAGUCCAGAGACUCCCCAACCCAUCCGGAGUCCGACUGAGUCGUUGAAUGCCGGAGCUCCGCCAAAUGUGGAAGUAACUAAUUGCUCCAUCGCGUUACUCACCACAAAAUCUGGACACGGGCAGACGAGUAGUAGCCUUUGUCGAUCAAUCCCUGCUCCCUAUGGCAUUCCUGAAGCUGCAAAUGCCGUCGACGAUCAAAACCCAGCUCGGCCAUGCAAGAACCUGGACGCUGUCAAUAUGGCUUCUUCGGCCAAUGCGCAGAUUCUGGCAACAAUAUUGGACACUAGAGCCGCAGUCUCGCAGAUUUCAAAGCUAUAUUGCAAAGCCGAGCCGAGCGAGGACUUCGAUUUCUCUGAAGCGCUUGACUCCAUGAAAGUCGAAGACGAUUGUUCAGAUGGCGUCUCUACAUCUGCAAAAUCGACCACAAGCAACCAUAAGAUGAACGCCUGCCGAUGGGCUGCACCCUAUUAUUCGCAAUGCUUCAAGAACAACUCCGACAAAACCACUGGCGACCGAAGCAAAUUCCAGGCCAUGCAAAUGUUGAAGCAAUGCCUGAAAGAAGACAAUCCUUGGGUGUAUCCUUGCCUUAUCUGGAUGGUAUUAGUUCUCGGAUCACAUUGCAGGAUGCAAGAGCUCGCCAGCUUUGUGCAUGCCAGCUGCGAAAUCAUCGACCAGGAUCCUAAUAUGCACGAAAGCUUCACUUUUGCAGCCCCGUUCCAUUAUACGUUGGCUUUCACCACGGGCAAUGACAGUGACAUGAACUACUGGGGCAACUGCCUUCCCCGCGCAUACGAGCAGAUUCAACACAUCUGGGGUGAAAGACAUCCAAAUUUUCUUGUGAUUGCGCAUUUCUAUGCAUGGCAUCAACUCCGACGUGGGAACUACGAUUGUGGCAUUCCGCUCUUAAGACGUUGCUUACCUAUAUGUGAGCAGGUCAUGGGUCGCCACAGUCUAGUGACCAUCAAUGGCUUGGUCAUGAUUUCUCGUGCUCUGGAAGAAACACAAAACUUCCGAUGGGCGAUCGAAUACCUGCAGACUGCCCUAGAUCGCCUCAACGGCCAAAGACCAGACCUGGAAAAGUUCCGGCUAACAUUGCUUCAAAGGCUUGCCGAAAUCAAGUUGCGCCACACUGAUGACCUGCAAACUGCGGAAGCCCAGCUCUUCAAAGUCCUGUAUGGCCGCGGCUUCCUAGGCGGCCUGGAUGAGAGAUCCACUUGGUCUACAGUUCACAGCUUAUGUGAAGUCUUUAACAAAACCGGCCGAGCUCGACAGGCUAUUGAACUGCUCGAUUACUGUACGAAGCGGCUUGACUGGGAGCGCACGCGAGAUUGGUGCAUUGAACACCAGAAAGAGCCACCUCCUCCGCCAUGGUGGUGGCCUUGUGAACUCUACGAGGUUACUGGAGAGCAGAGUUCCUUUCUGUUCAACUGAUGUUCGAGCAGAUGAUGCUGAAUUCUCGCAGAUGUCUGUGGUAUUAUUCCUUCCUACAAACUUCACGGCCAAUUGGCGUAUCAAUGGGCGUGCUUCGGAGAUUCCAAGAGAAAGGUGGUAAUACAACCGCAGCAAGGCAUUGUUAUAUGG